AUGUCGACGCCGAUUGCACUCCCGCCGACGCACCACAGCGAGGACUACCAGAUGGGCUCGUACGGCGGGCCCGGCUCGAGCUUCAGCAGCAACAGGUAUAUGGGCUCCCCGAUGUCUUGGCGCCCGGGCAGCUUUGGCGCGCAGUUCGUGCCCAGCCAGUCGCCCACCGCCAUGCUCGUGGGCUCGUAUGACUCCUCCCGCUCCCCCCAGACGAACGACUCGUCUAUAGUGAACGCGUGGAAUGUGUUUGAUAGACAAGGGGAGCUGUGUCGCAACUACUCGUGUUGCGGGACAGACCUGCCCGACCUGCACGCUCUCCUCGAGCACUUUGAGGACGUGCAUAUCAUCGUCAAAGACCGCACCCAGCCGCCCACAGUCCACAUCCCCUUCAACCCCCAGGUCGACUCUUCCCCCCUGCCCCCAACAACCUACAACCCCGCUGACGAGAUGGACCUCGGGCUCGACUACGCCUACGAGCAGGUCGACGACAGCUCCCCCCCGCCACUUUCCACCGCCCCCACCAGCCCCGGCACCUCCCGCGCCCCAUCACCUACCCCAUCACCCACCUCUGCCCAGCGCCCCGCGCUCAACAUCGGCGUGGGCUUCCCGGGCAUGCAGCCUUUGUCAGCAUCAUCUGCCCGCCCCUCGUACAAUGCCGCAUUCAACAGGUUUGGACCGGGGGGAGGAGAGGACACCGAGUCGGGUCCCACUGCGUCCGUCGCGCCCGGGCUCGUGUACGCGCCAGAGCCGGAGGACGAGCCCCAGCCCGUUGUCGUCGCAUCCGGCACAGCCACAUCAUCGACUCAUCAGACGACGGGUCCGAUGAAGCAGAAGUCGUCUCGCAGCUCGUCGUCGAAUCCGCCAUCACGUGUCCCGACCCCGUCGUCGUCGUCGUCAUCGAUGGCAGCGGCGCUCGCUGCUGCGGCGGCGGAUGUUGCGAGUGCGUCGAUGUUGCUGCCGCAUAAGCCGUUCCGGUGUCCAAAGCCACAUUGCUCCAAGUCGUAUAAGCAGGCGAAUGGGCUGAAGUACCAUAUGACACAUGGACAGUGCAGUUAUGCGCCUGCGAAAGAUGUGGAGGCGGUCAGGGCGUUGUUGGAGCGGAAGAGGGCGCAGGCGGCGCAAGCUUCUUCUGCGAAUAACUCGGAGGACGAUGUUUCGACACCAUCAACGCCUGCUGCGACUCCGGCAACGACAACUUCUUCCAGCUCGCCCAAGUCGUCGUCCCAAGCGAAUAGUACCGCCAACACGCCCACGCUGUCGCAGGCGGAGCUUAACGAGGUGGAAGCGCGGAUGCGGCCCUAUGCGUGUGGCGUCGGCGAUUGUGCGCGGCGGUACAAGAACAUGAAUGGGUUGAGAUAUCAUUAUCAGCAUACGGGCGACCAUGGAGCGGUUGGGCUCAGUCUGCUGGCUGGCGGCUUGCAUGGGUGUCUUGCGCUCAAGACCGGGACCGGGACCGGUGGGCCGGCGGCCUCGGUGAGCGCUCCGGCGACGCCGACUGUGGGGAAUGGGAAUGCAACGUCGUCGACGUAUGCGUGGGGAAGCACGCUGUUGCCGCAUAUCCAGGCUGUCGCGUCUUCGUCGACUGCUGCUGCGGCCAAGACGAAACAACCAGCGUCGGGCUCGAGACCGGGGACUCCGGCGUCGUCGGCGGUUUCGGCCAAGCCGACGCCGGCCGCAGCUCCGCCGAAUAAAAAACGGAAGGCGGGACCAGGGGCUGGGAUGACGACGUUCGCGGUGAAGCCUGUGCAGCCGCCGCAGAGACAGGCGUACCCCCAGCAGCAACAACAACAGUGGUAUGCGGGUGCGAAUGGGCUUGAUGUCAGUUUGGGGUGA